AUGACAAACUGGCUUCCAAGGCCACAAUCAGACUGUUCUGAACCAGCCCCCCAGAGUACCACUGGUGUUGAUUCUCAGUGUCAAGACUCCAAGCCAGGGGCUAUUUUCUUUCUUCCUUCUCGACAGCAUAGCUUCUCGACCUGCUCACCAGCCACGCCGACCAGUCCACAAAUUGAGCGAAUUGACCGCCCUGACAGCCCUCUUUGUUUCAGCUCCACCUCUUCGGUUGCUAAUCCGGUGCCUGAUGCAAAACUUUAUCUACAUCAGCAAUUAGGGCUUCUCGUCUCGCCUACUUCUUCCUCUCCAGCCUCUCUACCGCUUGAAACUUCAGCUGAAACAAAGAGCUUAAUGCACAGCAUUUUUAUGCAAUCUACAGAUGAUCGCGCCUAUGGGGAGAUCCAUGCGCCAACUAGUGAAGUGAUUUCUAUCAGAGUGGCGCAACGACGAGUGUCUUCGCUUCAUUCAAUUUCUACUCCCUCGUCUUCUGUCUCCUCAUAUUCAUCUUCUUCUCGCGGUUCUUCAGCUUCUUUAAGAUCGUCAUUCCGCCACCAUAUACCUGUUGCUUCUUCUGCCACUUCUGCCCCAAGCUCCGAUGUGGUCUUAAAUUCCAAAGGCAGAUUAUCUAGUAUUACUGGCAAAAUGGAGGACAAGUCGUUAAUUUCGCGAGCUCUCAGGCCUUAUGCCUCUGAGUCGGAGGCUAACGUCGCCGAUGAAAAGAAAUUUUCAAAAAGUCUGCCAUAA